GACAGUGUGACCCUGACAUGCUUCUGUCCAGAAGAUGUUUCUUAUGUUGCUUGGUUCAAACAAGCUGUUGGUCAGAAGCCCCAGCCCAUGGCGAAAGCACUUCUCUACGUACCUGGUGAAUUUUACAAGGAAUAUAAAAGCAUAAAACGUUACUCCUUACUGAAUGCAGAGGGGAGUUUUAACCUCACUAUUUCUAACGUGGAGCCGUCAGAUUCUGCAGUGUAUUAUUGUGCUGCUGUGUUUCUUCAUGAGGUCACCUUUGGGAAUGGAACCUUUGUCAUAACCACAGGUAAAGACUCCAACAGCAGGACUGUGGUACAGCAGCCUGUGUCUGACACAUUGCAGCCAGGAGACUCUGUGAGCCUGCAGUGUACGAUAGAGACUGGGAGCUGUGCAGGAGAACACAGUGUUUACUGGUUCAGACAUGGAUCAGGAGAAUCCCUUCCUGGAGUCAUUUACAGCCACGGAAACAGCAGUGAUGAGUGUGAGAAGAGCCCUGAGGCUGGAUCUCCUACACGGAGCUGCGUCUACAGCCUCCCCAAGGGGAACCUCAGCCUCUCCGAUGCUGGGACUUACUACUGCGCCGUGGCCAUGUGUGGGGAGAUGCUGUUUGGGAACGAAACACAGCUGGAUAUAGAUGGCUUUCAGAAGCUGCUGGAUCCUCUUCACUCUGGCUUGCUGAUAGUUUUAUCUUGCAGCAUUAUUCUGAACGUUGCUCUCAUUUGUAUAAGAUGUAAACUGAUCUGUACACACUGUGCAGAUGAAAAGAACAGUGAUAUAUCAAAAGUGGAAUGGUCACGCAAGCAAUGCCAUGACGAGGACACACUGAAUUACGCUACAUGA